CCUUGUUCAGCCUGGUCACUUCAAAUUUUCUCCCAAGCGCCAAAAGCAUUCCUCAAUCUCAAGCCGGUGGGCGGUUUUCAAACAUUUUGGCUAGCGCGUUCCAGCCUGUUUUCACGGUUCAUCAAUCUUGAGAGUUGGCCCCAUUAAUCCGUCUAUAACAUCUGGUUUUGGUGGUUUCUGAACACUCCGUCUUGACAGCCCAGUAAACACACAUUCAGAACAUCAAACAACCAAGGGUCUCAUCAAUUGCCAAGAUGCUUCAAGCAAUCGAUAACGUUCAUGAUCGCCAAUUCUUGGCGGCAGAGCUCGCUUCAUCAGCCACCCUCGCUGCUGAACUUGCGCAGCCGGAGAUCAAAAAUAUCCUCCUGGCUGCUUCCGGCUCCGUAGCCACCAUCAAGAUCCCUGAAAUUGUCAAGGCUUUGGCCAGGCACGGCGACAAGAUUCGCAUUCGCAUUAUUCUCACACACUUCGCCAAACACUUCCUCGGCGGCCAAAGUAAAGAACAGCCCGUCUACUCCUCUCUGUUGGACUACCCCCAUGUGGAAGCUAUUUACGAUGAUGCCGAUGAAUGGGGUCCCGAGCCAUGGCAGCGCGGAGCGAGUAUUCUCCAUAUUGAGCUACGAAGAUGGGCAGAUAUCCUUGUUGUUGCGCCCCUCAGCGCCAACACGCUUGCCAAAAUCGUCAACGGAAUGAGCGAUAAUCUUCUGACGUCCGUGAUAAGAGCAUGGGACACAGAUUCGAGUAUCGACAACAAGAAGAAGGUCAUUAUGGUUGCACCGGCAAUGAACUCUGCCAUGUGGAGGCAUCCCAUCACCGCGAAGCAGAUUCGAGUGCUGCAAGAAGAAUGGGGAGUCAGGGAUCCUGAGCCAAGUGAGGGCGACACUGCGGGUGUUGCUGUGGCUAACGGUUGGUUCCAGGUUGUCAUGCCGAUUGCAAAGACUCUUGCAUGUGGUGAUACAGGAGGUGGAGCUAUGGCAUCCGUCGACACCAUCGCAGAAGCCAUUGAGAGCCGGCUCGGCCUUGAGUAGUAAAGCAUCGCAUGCAACUUGUUACGCGACGUUGCCGUCCGAUACAUUUAAAGUGGCAGACGCUGUGGACGAGGACGCUGGGCAACUGAACGGGACAUUGGCAUUACCGACACCGCCUAUCCUGUGUUGUGGUCUAUUCUUUCGCAGUCUCUUUUUUUAACUGUUUACGAUCUGACAUUGAACAUUUUGCAUGGUUGAAACCUCGUUCAGAGAGAAACAUUUGAGGCAGUAAGGAUUGGAUCUGAAGCACGAAUUUAGUGGAGGUUCGGGUGCCGGCAUAUGGUUCGGAUUUCGGAACAAAGCCUUUGAAAUUCGAUCAAGUCCAGUUUUCCAGUAGUCCCCAAUUCUACGUUUCAUGCUCCUGGUGUUGCUGGAGAUCAAA